AGUCGAAUCUCCUCCAAUCACUAUGCGAAGAGGGUGCCAGAUUCUAGUGUCAAGGAACACCCUUUUGUAGAAUCCGAGGUAGAUGUCGCUGAUGAUGUCAUGGAGCCUAGCUUACAAAAGUACGUGACAACAGUAAGCCGAGGUGAUUCGCUCCUUGGUGGUGGCGUAUUCGAUAUGGAGGACCAGGGAUCUUCUGAAAGCAUGAGAUUCACUGUGAGUGGACAAAGGCAUGUGGGGUUUUCUUCUUCUUCUUCUUCACUGAAACCAAAUUCUUCUGACUCAACUAAUUUUUGGAACUCGAGCAAAAGAGAAUGCGAUUCUCAGAGUAUAGGAAGUGGGAGGUUUGGUGACAUUAAGGACGUUCACGCGAUACCCAAUGUCGUAAUAGCGGCUGGAUCCACGUAAAUACCUGCGA